AUGAAAUUCACGAGCGUCCUUGCGCUACUCGCCGCCUCCUUUGUCGGGGCGACAGUUGCCCAGGAUCCCGGCGCUACGCCGUACUGGAUGGACGCCAUAGCCCAUAACGGCAUCGCGUCGUUUAACCCGGACAAGAGCUACACGAUCUUUCGAAACGUGAAGGACUACGGAGCAGUCGGUGACGGAGUGACCGACGACACGGCCGCGAUCAAUGCUGCAAUCAGCGCCGGCAACCGCUGCGGCGGACUCACAGCAUGCGUCGGGUCGACUACAACGCCUGCGGUCGUGUACUUUCCAACCGGGACCUAUAUGAUCUCCUCGUCCAUUGUCGACUACUACUACACCCAAAUCAUCGGCGACCCCCGCAACAUGCCCACCAUCAAGGCCAUGGCAAGCUUUGUUCCCAACAUUAUCGGUAUGCUCGACGGUGACGUGUACGUGACAGGCAAGCUCAAGUACACUUCGACCAAUGUCUUCUUUCGCCAGCUGCGCAACAUUCGGUUUGAUACUACAGAAGUUCCGGGCGCCGUGACUGCAGUUCAUUGGCCUUCGGCCCAAGCCACGUCAAUUCAAAAUUGCGUCUUCGUCAUGUCUCCCGAUCCGGGCAGGCAACAUACUGGAAUUUUCAUGGAGGAGGGAAGCGGUGGCUUACUGAACGACCUGGUGUUUUACGGCGGCACAUACGGCUGCCAGCUGGGCAACCAGCAGUACACCAUGCGCAACAUGACGUUUUUCAACUCCAACACCGCUAUCCUCCAAAUCUGGAACUGGGCAUGGACGUACAAGUCUAUCUACGUCUAUGACUGUCAAAUUGGCAUCAACAUGACCGGUCCCAUCAUUGGCUCCGUGACGCUUCUUGACUCGCUGUUCUACAACACACCCGUGGGCAUCAUUUCGGGCCGUGCACCAAGCAACCGAACAGAGCCAGGCGCAGGCUCUCUCAUCAUGGAGAACGUCGCAUUUCGGCAGGUCAACGUGGCAGUCAUGGGGCCACAAGGUGCUGUCGUGGACAGCGAUGCGUCAGGCACUCUUGUGAAAAAGGGGUUCGCAUAUGGGAACAUCUACGUUCCAAACGGUCCAAACGUGUACGAGGCUUUUAACGAUGCAUAUUUCCCCGAGCUGGACGAGCUGAGACUGGGCAACAAAUACUUUGAACGGUCGAAGCCGCAGUACGACGACGUUCCAGUCUCUAGUUUUUUGACAGCACGACAGUUCGGAGCCAAGGGUGAUGGCGUCACAGACGACACAGUAGCACUGAAUGCUCUGUUCCACGAAGCAUCCAAUGAAUUCACCGACUCGGUUGCAUUUGUCGACGCGGGAUACUACCUGGUCACUGAUACCAUCCGUAUUCCGCCCAAUGUGCGCAUUGUUGGUGAGGCGCUGUCCUCUGUGAUCAUGGGGACCGGACCCAAAUUUCAAGACAUGAAUGCACCGUACCCAGUGGUACAAGUUGGUGGGCCUGGCGAAGUUGGCUAUGUCGAGUGGUCCGACAUGAUUGUUUCGACACAAGGUCCCAUGGCAGGCGCUGUGCUCAUCGAGUUCAACCUUGAAACGCCCAUCGGUCCAUGCACAGCAUUGAACCCACCUUCCGGCAUGUGGGAUGUACAUGUGCGUGUAGGCGGGUUUGCCGGAUCCCAAUUGCAACUGGCACAAUGUGGCAAGACGCCGCAGCUCACCAACUAUGUCAACCCAGCCUGUGUGGCCGCGUAUCUUGGUCUGCAUAUAACCAGAUCGGCUUCGAAUGUGUACUUGGAGAACAACUGGAUCUGGACCGCAGACCACGAUAUUGAGGAUCCUCUCAGCUCGCAGAUCUCCAUCUUCAGUGGACGCGGUAUUCUGGUGGAGUCGGAACAAGGACGCGUCUGGAUGGUGGCCACCUGCGCAGAGCACCACGUGAAGUACCAGUACCAGCUUGCCAAUACGCGCAACAUCUGGAUGGGCAUGAUCCAGACAGAGACACCCUACUACCAGCCUAACCCGCCGGCACCGGCGCCGUUUAAUCCGGUAAACACUACAAUCCAUGAUCCUGACUUUGACAAGGACUGCAAUCCCGCUGUGGUCAACAGCCAAGGUCAGCUUCCCGGGAACCCUCCGUGUGCCAUGGCGUGGGGUCUACGAAUUGUCAACUCCCAAAAUGUGAGUGUUUACGGAGCAGGCCUUUACUCUUUCUUCAACAACUACGAUACGUCUUGCAGCGCCCCUGGCAACGGCGAACUAUGCCAGGCACGUAUGGUGUACACGGGUGUCUUGGCAAGCGAAGUGAAUAAUGCCACCGUGAGCGAUUCAACGUCGUCCUCAUUGCCAGCCUCACCGUCACCGUCACCGGCCGCUAUUCACAGCAACUCCUCCUCCGACGUUGUUGGCAUCGAGAUGUACAACCUCAACACAAUCGGAUCUGUGAGCAUGAUCAACCGACAGGGCACCGAUGUGGCGCUGUACAGUGACAACAUUGCCGGCUACACCGCCUGCGUUGCGUUGUUCAAGUUCUAG